AUGGGUCCAGGUGGAGAAACGGACGAGGGGCUCAGGGGAGGCCCCGGAUCUCCCGUCCUUCCACCGCCCCCCCACGGUGCCAUCUGUGCGAAUCCUGCGGGCAGAAACCCAACCCGGCUUCCUCAGGCCCGGGGCGCCCUCGCCGGCCCGGAUUCCGCUGCACCCCCGACGUGGGACCCCCAAAGCCCGGUUGCACGGGGACCCGGACCCCCCCGCCGUCACGGCCUGCACGGAGCCUUCGAGCUGCUCUCCUCGUGGCGCCGGACCCGGGCGGAGCAGCUGGUGCCGGAGCGCGCGGCGCAGGCCUACGCGGACGCCCUGCCGCCCUUCUCCCUCGGCACCGCCAUGCACCUCGCCACCUUCGGCAUCGGCGCCAGCGCCUUCACCGACAUCAAGGUGGCCCGCAUCUUCUGCUGCGACGCCUGCGUCGCUGUCCUCUGCAGCUACCUCUUCCUGCUCUCCCUCUUCGGCUCGGGCCUCGUCGCCGCGGGGCACCUCGAGAGCCGGGGCGGCGUCUUUCGCACUCGGGACCGGGGCGGCGUCUUUCGCACUCGCGACCCGGGGCCCGCCGCCGGGGAGGAGGCUGAAGCCAGAGCGGAGGCCGAGGUGGAGGCAAGAAUGGAGGCCGAGGCCGCUGCUGCCGUCGAGGGUCCCGGGUUGCUGGGCUCCGCGAUGCGGCGCUACGCGGCGUGGGUGACGAGCACGUACGUGAAGCCGUUCGCGGUGCUGCUGUACCUGGCCUUCGUGUCCUUCGCGCUCAUGGGCUGCCUGCAGGCGCGCGUGGGCUCGGACCCGGGCUCGGUGGUGGCGUCGUCGUCCCGCACUGUCGAGUUCGCGGCGGCGCAGCGCCGCUACUUCAGCGCCUACAGCCCCGUGAUCGGCUUCUAUGUCUACGAGUCGAUCGACUACUGGAACGCCAGCGUGCGCGACGCCGUGCUGGGCUUCACCGCGGGCUUCGUGCGCCUCUCGUGGCUCGACGGCUUCUUGGGCUUCCUGCGCGCGCGCAACGCGUCCGCCUCGGACCUCCCGCGCCGCAACCUCACCGAGCUGCUGCGCGGGCCCUUCCUGCGCUCCCCGCGGUACGCGCACUUCCAGGAGGACAUCAUCUUCGCCAAGCGGCACGCAGGCGACGUGGACAUCGUGGCGUCGUGGAUGUUCCUCGUGGCCAAGACGAUGGACGCGGACCGCGAGGAGCUCUACGGCCUCCUGCAGACGCUGCGCCGGCUGUCGGUGACGUCGAGGGUCAAGUUCAUCGUCUUCAACCCGUCCUUCGUGUUCCUGGACCGGUACGCGGCGUCCGUGGCGGCGCCGCUGCGGCACGCGGGGCUGGGCGCGGGGCUGCUGCUGCUGCUGGCGGCGCUGCUGGCGGGCGACGUGGCGCUGGCGCCCGUGUGGGUGGCGCUGGCAGUGGCGUCGGUGGAGUUCGGCGUCGUGGGGUUCCUGGCGCUGUGCGGGGUGCGGCUGGACUGCGUGGCCGUGCUCGGCCUCCUCUACAGCCUCAACCACGCCGCGGGCAGCUGCGCGCCGCUGCUCUGCGCCUUCGUGCCCGGCCGGGGCCGCACGCGGACGCAGUGGGUGCAGCAGGCGCUGGAGGCGCGCAGGGUGGCGGCGCUGCAGAGCUUCCUGUGUUUCGGCGCGGGGCUCUUUCCUCUCGCGGCGGCGCCCUCGAACCUGACCGCGACACUCUUCCGCUGCCUGCUCCUCGUGGCGUCCGUGUCGCUGUUCCACUGCUGCGCCGUGCUGCCCGUGAUGCUGACGUUCCUGCCGCCCUCGAAGAAGAAGAAGAGGGAGGGGGAGGAGGGGGACGAGCGGGAGGAGGCGGAGGGCGUGGAAAUGGCGGGCGUGAACGGCACCCGCGUGGUCGACCAGAUCACCACGGUGUGA